UGACGGUGCAUAAUUCGUUUUCGAUAAACCAAAUGCUUUCCAUGUCAGCGACCAGGUGACCAUUACUUCCACUGUUCACUAAGUUUUUAAUAAUAUCAGACCUUAUAACUUCCUGCCGUCAAUGCCACUCUACCAUAGUAAUGACUGGCACCCAUCAAUGAGGUAUUGCACGUCUAACGCCGCCAGGCAAAGUGAGGCUUAUAAAGCAUGUGUAGCCCCUCGGCAAGCAUGGGGACGAACGUUCUUCUGCAAGCAAGGAUAUAGUAAAGCGUAGGCAUCCAAAUUGAGAUCCUAUUUCUGCGUGUAUACAUAGCGUGAAAAAAAAACUUUAUAAUUGGAAUUUAAAAGAGAGAGGUGCAAUGUGAUUAAGGUAUCUCUACCUGUGACUAGGAUGAGAGUGACCGAGACAACAGCGUCGCCGUGGCGUUUUCAUGAUAUAUGAGUUAAACUGAUGCAAGGCGAAGAUUGCGCUGUCAUCUGUACACAAUGAGAACCAAAUAUUUCAUUUUAUACGGCUUUGUAUGGGCCAUAUUACUUGCGAAAACUGAAGGGAGAAAGCGAAAGCCGCGAAUUUUGGAAACGGCCCAUGAACGUCACCGACUGAGGGCGCGUCUUUCCACACAACUGAUGAACUCUCCCAUAGUGAACGAAACAGUGAAAGGGAUGCAUUACUUCAUGAAUUUCGAUUACAUAUACUCACAAUGGAGCUCAUGGUCCAAAUGUAAUAAAAGGUGUAAGGAGAGAAGAACAAGACAAUGUAUUAAAAAGGACGUCUGCGGGAACAGUGUUAUCAAGGAAAGACGAGCGUGUUGGCGCCCAAAUUUCCGUUGCAAAAUACGGUUGAAUAACAGAUCACCCCUAGGGAAGCAUAUGGAAGAUUUAAUGUUUGAUAUUUUCUACCGAUCGUGGUCGGAAUGGUCGCCGUGUUCUAAGCAGUGCAGACGACACAGGACUAGGGCGUGCGCUUUCAAAGCAUUCUGUAAACACACGAGCAUCGAAGAAGAGGGGUCGUGUGGAACGCCCGGAAAGUGUGAUUUGAGAAAUAGUCCUGUGAAAAACGAAGACUUUGAAGUCACUACACACAAUGAAAGAAAAAGGAAAGAUAGAAGGGAGCGCGAUAAAGCCAAAAAGGGGCACAUUCCAGCCUGGGAUGGACUAGAUUCAAUGCAGUGUGGUACUCGGACGGUGCAGGGGGUUUUACGAAUUGUUGGCGGACGUGAAGCAAGGAGGGGCAGCUGGCCGUGGCAGGUGGCUGUAUUGAACCGCUGGAAAGAACAGUACUGUGGCGGAACACUGAUAGCUCCCCAGUGGGUGCUUACAGCCGCUCACUGCGUCAGAAAAAACGGGCGUCGAAGACGAGUCGUCCUUCGCAUAGGAGAGCACGACUUUGAAGAACUGGAAGGAAGUGAGGAAGACACGAGGAUAACUCAGGAAUUCGUACAUCCAGACUUUAAUCUUGACACUGUUGACAGUGAUAUAGCUCUUUUAAAAUUAAAGCAGCCUGUUAAAUUUGGGACGUAUAUUGCACCGGUGUGUAUUCCCCCAGAAAAUUUAACCCUCCCCCAAGGGACACUAUGUUAUAUCACUGGCUGGGGUAAGAAACAGGAAACACACAUAUACGGAGCAAACGCAUUGCGAGAAGCACAGGUUCCAAUCGUAGACUUACAAACGUGUCAAAAUGCAUUCGACUACCAUAUAACCGGGAACCAGUUUUGUGCAGGAUACAAAUUUGGAGGAAUGGAUUCUUGCGCAGGGGACAGUGGGGGACCGCUUCUUUGUGAGGUCACUCAUGGAAAUCGGUCACGUUGGCACGUGUAUGGCGUCACAAGUUUUGGAGAAGGGUGUGGAGAGAAAGGAAAGUUUGGGAUUUAUACAAAAGUAACUAACUUUGCAAGAUGGAUUCGGGAAACAAUUAAAAAACAUAGUUGAGCACUUAAAAAUCAUCAAACUUUAUUCUCUUGAUACAAUAAUGUGGAUAUAUAAAUAUGUAACCAUUAA